AUGUCAUAUGAAGCAUCCUUAACGACAGAACUGUUAAGCCGGAACCUUUUUUCUGUUGUUUCAGAAUCAGUUUUAUUCCUUUUUAUCAACAUCGUUGCAAUAGUGGGAAACUUUUUUGUGAUCCUGGCUAUCUGCAGAAACACUGCUCUUCGAAAAAUCACAAACUGGUACAUACUAUCUUUGUCGAUAUCUGAUUUGUUUGUUUCUGUCACUUGUAUGCCGCUUUCUUUAGUUGUAAUCAUGAAAGGAAAAUGGUUGUACGGUGACAUCACAUGCCAGUUCCAAGGUCACGUGAUGCAAAUAUGGGGUUGUUUUUCAUUAACGAUAGUCGCAGCGACUGCUUUUAAUCGAUAUUAUCGCAUUUUGCAUCCUGUACGCUACAGAAAUAUGUUCACAAAACGCUUUGCUAUAAUAACAGCAGUGUCAUCCCUUUUCUUGUCUGCCCUCGCUUCUGUAGGGAUAACGUUUAUUAUUGGCGCGCGGUUUCGAUUUGGUCCCCACACGUUCUGCACCCCAGAUUUCUCUGACCAGAAAACCAAGAAAACAGUCGCGCUGCCAAUUUUCAUGACUUUUAUAAUAGCUUCACUAACCAUAGUGAUAUUUUGUUAUUUCAAAGUGUAUCGCGCAGUUCGUCGGCAUGUUAUUUUGGUAGCGCCGACACUACGAACACAAAUACAAAGUCGCCAUCGAGCUGGAAACAACUACUCUAGUCGGAUUGAAGAAAUCAAUUCCACUAAAAUGGUGUUUGUAGUCGUCCUUGUUUUUUGCCUAAUUUGGCUUCCUUUAUCUAUUAUCGCAGCGUUGUAUGUUUGUGAUGUUUUCCUGCCUUUCUGGACACAUCUAAUGUAUGAUUAUCUAUUUUGUUCAACUGCUGCGACGAAUCCGUUGAUUUACGGUCUCAUGAAUAAGGCUUUCAGAAACGAAUACCUUCAAAUAAUCAAGUGCAGAAAACCUUCGUAA